AUGGCCAGCGCCUUGUCUAUUAAUGAGCUGUUCACCUUGCGUGACGCGCAGGUUCCCGAGGGGUCCUGCUCCCCUGAGCACUUGACUGUGUCGUCGUCUUCUGGGAUCUGUGUAUGCGUGACCACUGGGGAGGCAGCAAAUUUAACUGUUGUUAACACGGUUAACCCACAGGCCACAAAGACUUUCCCCAUUCAAGCACAGCACGCGAUCCAGCACAGGAAGAACCCCAACAUCGUGGUCUUGCGCACGCCAGUCCUGCUCCAGACCCUCGAUGUUUCCACUAUGACCCCUUAUGGACGUUUUGACUUUCCGAACCCCAUUGGAGUGGACUACUGGGGCUGGGCCACGGACGAGAAGCUGGCACUCGUCUGCCCCGAUGCCGUCUACUUCUGGAAUUGCAUGACGGGAGAGUUUUCCCCAGGGUUCGCGCGGGACGUGAGCUUGACGAGCACCUACAGUAACUCGCGCAUCACUGACCUAGCCGUCUCGUCUGACGCAGACUGGGUCGCAAUCACUGCGCUGGGCACGGACCAGGCAAACCACACACAGGGAAUGAUCCAGCUCUACUGCUUUAGCAGGGCAUAUACCCGUAUGCUUUCAGGGCAGUGCGUGACUUUUGUUGACUGGCAGCUCGAUGCGACAAGGCCGAAAACCACUCUUCUGGCGUAUGCACACAAGCCUACUGGGUCGCAGGAGAUCACAAUUAACAUAAUGGAACCUGCACCACAGGUUGGGGCUGACGGCGCCUCUAUCUCUGGCUUCACAACGAAGGCCGUUCAGGCCACCGUGAGCGCCGCGCUUGUAGGCGUGGAUCAUCCUCUGUUCUUGAGGGGAAAGGAGAAAUACGGUUUUCUUUACAUGUUUUCCAAGCAGGGCAACGUUACCUUGGUGGAUAUCUACAGCGGCCUCUUGAUCUAUCAGGGCCCCAUUUCGGGGGAGAUGGUCUUUGCUAUCGGAACGUGUUACGAAGGUGGGACUUUUUCUGAUACCCAUGACUUUAUAGGCAUCACCACCGAUGGCCGGUGCUAUGGGAUUGGGGUGGAUAAGAUCAAUCUGGUGAACUAUGUCAUGACUAAGCGUGGCCAGCCGGACGUUGCCUACGCCAUCGCCUUGCGCACGGGGAUCCGGGGCGCCGACUCUUUAUUCCAACAGAAGCUAGAUGGCUAUCUUGGUCAGUACCAGUGGAGCGAGGCUGCUGAGCUUGUUAAGAUAGCUCCAGCAGGUGUCCUUCGCACAAAGGCCACAAUAGAUCGUUUUCUAGCUGGUGCUGCGUUCACUGCACCAGGCGCACCAACGCCAAUCAUGAUCUAUCUUACGCGGAUGCUGGAGAACGAUGGCAAGCUAGCUAUUGAAGAGGAGUCGAUGGAGUUGGCGAAGUUCCUUGUUCAGACUUCUAAUGUGAGUACCAUCGAGACGUACAUUAAGGAGAAGCGCUUUUUUGCAACCGAAGGGUUGGGCGACUACUUGGCGUCUGUGGGUCUCGAGCAACCGUCGUUCACCACGUAUGCUAACGCUGGGUGCCACGAGAAGGCCAUUGCCUGGCUCAUUGCGCACAACCAAUACGCUAUCAUCCCACAGUAUGCACAGAAGUUCCCAGAGUACACGCCAGACUAUCCACGUAUUAUAAGCCAGGCACUAAAGCAGGCGGAGCAGAGACCUGAUGGCGCAUCCACCAUAGAGAGCAUAUACCAGUUUUCGCUUAGCAUCACCCAGGCACUUGAUGCGACCACAGACGGAGAUAAGAUUCUAGAUAUUGCAGAUUGCUUCGCUGACAUAGGGAGGGUGAACGAGGCUACAACAAUCCUCCUGGAAGUUUGCAAGCGCUACAACUACUCCGACGAUACCGUUAUCUACCAGUCGAUGGUUAUUGAGCUCAACAGAGGGGUGAACCAGGCAGUCGUGGAUGCCAUACAGGCUAAGGGCGUGCUUGCAAGAAUUAACCGGGCAGAGAUAACUAAACGCAGCGAGGAGAGCGGACUUUAUCAGCGGGCGUUUGAAUUCUGUGAUUCCGACGCAGAAUGUCGGCGCAUCGCAUCAACCUAUGCUGCAAAGCUAGGGAAGUCAAUCUUCUCGUCACCACGGUGGUAUGGCGCGUAUAUCAAACGUGCAUCGCGCUUUUCAAAUCCAACCGACGAUGUUAUUAAGAGUCUUUUUGCCUUUCAGCAGCAAAUGCUUGAAAUAACAAUAGGCGGGGAGCGCAUCUACGCUGACCAUGUUGCCAUGGGCUUUGCUCUCUCUCCGAUCGUUGUUUCUAACGUCAGUCUGUGUGUUACUGUUGUCAAGGUCUUUGAGAAAUAUGGAAUGGGUAACUCCGAAGCCCUCUACCUUUUCUUGUCCAUGAUUGCGCCCACGUGCCUGGAUUCGUCCAUCCACAACUUCCUUCUCCGCACAAUUCUUCAGCUGGAUUCAAAGACUCUUGAACUCACACACAUAGUCGCUGAAGAUCAGUAUCUGGACCCGAAUGAGUGCUUCACCAUAAUGACUACCACGACCCCUGCAAGCCCGGACGCCUUCCUCCAGGCUUUCCUUACUUUUUGCGAGCGGUUCCAUCUCGGCAAGAAACUGGGUUUGUUCCUAACAGACUCCAUCACCAACAAGGUUCUAGGGAAAGACACGUUCUUUACACUGAACGCAGCAACGAUUGUAGAGGCGUUCAUCGGUGGACAUGGAGUUGCGCAGGCGCAUGACCUCCUCUUCGGUCUGUUCGAAGGAGGAGUGCUGGCAGUUCCAGAGAGGCCUGCCCUAGACGCCGUUUUUUCAGCAGACAUGCUCAGCAAGCUGAUGGAAAAGCCUGCAGUUCAGGCUGGUUGUGAUAUCAAUAAGGUUGUGGAUGCCUGCUUCACAAGCUCUCGAACUCUUAAAGUCGGGCGCUCACUUCUCGAGAAGCGUCUAGCAUCCGGGACAACAGACACGUUUGUCCACACUGCGUUUGCGAAGCUACACAUGGAAGAGCGCAACGGCAAUGCUAAGCGCCUCCUCAUGGAGGACCCUUACAUCGACCACGCGCUCAUAGGAACCUUCAUUCUGGAGUCUCCGACACACCGGACCGAUGACUUUUUAGUCGAUCUUGCAAUGACAUCGCUGACCAUCGGGGCUUUUGGACCAACGACUGCAGGCGCUGAUUUUUCUGACCACAUUAUUAACGGAGAAUGCGCCAGGAUGCUGGUCUUAGUUGCCUACGCAGGGAGUGCUUACAAGGAGCUGGCUGAGAGGCUCCUCUUGCACAAGUGUAGUGAGCUUUGGCAGCUGGCUCUUGUCGGAGUUAUGAACGAGGACCCAGCUUCCGACGUCAUCAAAGCAAUCACGCAGGGUGGGAUGCGUCCGAUGAGCAUGCACAGGGACAUGCUCUUGCAGGUCUUGGCGCACAGCCCGCCAAUUCCUCUCGACACGCUCAGCGAUGCACAAAUUUUCGUUCUAUCUUCGUCUAUUCUUGCCAUUAAGAAUGAGAGCGAUGCAAUUCCAAGAUAUCUACAGGCGAUACUAGAAAAGAUCAUCACUUCUCCGGGCUCUGUGCACGCAAGCAAUCCGGGCAUGCAGAAUCUUCUCAUCGUUACCGCCCUAAAUACAAAGGACUAUCCUAAGGUGUCGGCCCUUAUUCGCUCUGCAGACAUGUGCUAUGACCAGGACGUAAUUGCAAAGGCUUGCGUGGAAACGGCAAAGAAGAACGAGUACCCGCCUCUCUACGAGGACGCCUUUGAGGUUUUCCACCGCGCCGGGCGUCCCAUUGAUGCCAUUCGAGUACUUUUGGACAACAUCUCCAUAGACCGUGGGAUCACUUACGCUAACUCUGUGGGCCUUCCUGAAGUGUGGUCCUUAGUUGGAUCGGCCCAGCUCGAAAAGGCAAGUGCUUAUGCAUCCGAGGAUAAUGGGCGCUUCGCGUUGAAAUUUGCUUGUGACGCAAUAGCAUCGUAUUUGACCGGAAGAUGGACCGCUGACUACCGUAAUCUUAUAAUCACGUCAUUCAAGGUUUCAAAGGCGUUUAUGCACACGCACUCUGUUGAGGUUCGGAGUGAGCUGGCCGCUUUGCUGGAGUAUUUAAGGAUGGCUCGUGUUGUGGUGGCACAGAAGGGGGAGACGUCUUCCCAAGCAGAGAUAGAUACCGCAGUCAUGUAUUGCCUGGCCAGGCUGGAUGACUAUGGUGCCCUCAGCGAGUUUCUGGAGUCAGUCAAUCCACGCGAUAGUACUGUGAUACCGAAUCGCGGAGGAAUAAAGGAGGUCGGAGAGAAGUGCUUUGCUGAGGAGCAUUACAAGGCUGCAAAGUACUUCUUUGAGUUUGUCGGUGACUGGUCACGACUAUCUCUUACGUUGGUCAAGCUUCGCUGCUUGAAAGAGGCGGUGGAGGCUGCUACACGCGCCGCAGAUCCUGAGUGCUGGAAGGCGGUAGCUGCAGAGUGCCUGGAGAUCCGCGAUUUUGAGCUUGCAAAGUCAGUCUUCCUCAACCUCGUCCUCGUAGAGUCUGAGCUUCCGUCGAUAGUGCAAUAUUAUGAGGAGUAUGGUUUUAUUGAGGAGCUCCUCGAGGUCCUGGAGGCAGGCGCCGAACAGCCGCAAGCAGCCACAUACACCUCUAUGGAGACGAAUAUAUUCACCAUCCUGGCAAUACUUUACUGUAAGUACAUGUGGAUUGUUCGCAAGACAGACCCCCAGCGUCUACAAACGUAUAUCAAGACGCACGGAAACAAAAUCCAUAUCCCGACUCUUCUGCACUGGACCCGUGAGACAAGGCUCUGGGGAGAGUACGCGUAUCUGCUGGCAGCGUCCCGUGACUUCGACAAGGCUGUCGUUGAGAUGAUAGCCCAUCCCCCGUCGUCUUUCAAUCAUGAUGUUAUGAAGAAGGUGAUAGGACGGGUCUCAAAUCCUGAGUUGGUUGCCCAAGUCGUAAGCUUCUAUAUUGAGUACUCCCCAGAGUAUCUCUGCGACUUCUUAAAGGCUUGUCAGCUCGGGGUUCCAAAUGCCGACGGCUCUCCAGGGAUCCCUGCUGCCUUGGAUCCUAUUCGAGUGAUUGCUAUGGUGAGAUCCUACGAUUGCGUCCCUAUGAUUAAGUCGUACCUGGAAUUGUUUGUAGGUGCGCACAACCAGGAAAUUAACGAGACCUUGAUAAAGAUUUACCUUGAGAGCUAUGACGACGAAGGCCUGAGGAGACUUAUUGCCGCAACGACUGCCUAUGAUGCACACGCACUCUUAGACAAUUUGGUAUCGGAGGAUCAGACAGAUGACAUGCGGAAGCUUGCGGUAGGGCUCUAUGGACGCCUGAAUCGAUACGACGAGGGCAUCAAAUUUGGUCUUCAGAAUUGGUUUUAUGAGGACGCUGCGGAGUGUGCAGCGGACUCGGGACAGAUCGAGCACUGCGAGGCAUUGCUACGCUUAGUCUGCAGCUCGCAGUUCCCCACGCCGAAGAUCAGAAAGGAGGUCUUUGCUGUCAUUCUCAUUCGCUGCGGCCACUGCAUCAGGCCCGACGUAGUCAUGGAGUUGGCCUGGGUCAACAGAAUGACAGACUACAUGAUGCCAUACAUGAUCUCCACGUUGCAACGCUACGGGUCUGCAGUCCGCACACUUGCGGGGUCGAUUGCAGAAGCAAGAGGCAUGAUUCCGGCGCAGCAAGCACCCCAACAACACUAG